AUGGCGGAUGGGCUACGGGAGCGCACGGCCCGCCUGCUGACCGGCUACCUGCAGUACUGCGCGCAGGCGCCGUCCACGCCCGAGGCCGCCGUGCAGCGCUGCGUGGCCGCCCAGAUACAGGAGGACAACUCGCAUUUCUCCUACUACCGCGGCUUCCGCGGGGACCGCGUCGAGCUGGUGGCCAGGAUGGCGCAGGAGCUACUCGCUGACGACCAGGGCCCCAGCUGGGGCCGCGUGGCAUCGCUCCUGACCUUCGCGGGGACGUUGCUGGAGAGGCCGCCGCCUGGCACCUGGGGUCCGAGGGAGAAGGAAGACAUUAGCCGUAACUGCCGACUUCUGGUGGCUUCGCUGUGUGUCCAGUUCUCGGGAUUGCACCGCACCUGGCUGGUGUCACAGAAACCGGCCUCGCUAGACGGCUCUCAUACCAACCCGUUCUGA